CAAACGUACAAAUUCGACAACAUGAGUCAGGCACUAGACCAGUCAAAUCUAGAACAAGCCUUCAAAGAUAGGCCAGAUAUCGUUGGCGCGAUACAAGCUGCAGCUACUGCCCCGGCUUGGGCAGAGCUAUUCAAUGAGAUCUCGUCUUACAUAGUCAAUUUACGACGAGAAUUGGAGCCGUCAGCCUCGGACCCAACGUCUAAGAAGAGGAAGCUUGAAGAGGGACUGCCUAUUCAACCUAAGAAAGAAGCCACCGACACCCAACCGCUAGCGAAAAUCGCCAAUGGAUUCGACCAUGCAAAUGAUGAGGCGUUAUUACAAGUGAAGGAGAUUUCUAUGGUGGUUCCUCUGCGCAAGAAGUUCACGAUUGAGUUUACCAAGAACCAUAUCCAAGCGCGAGACCCCAAGACAGAUGAACUUGUCCCUGGGACAACAUACCCGUGGAAGGACAUAAGCCAUGCAUUCUGCCUAACGGUUCCCGAAAAGGCGCAAAAGCAGUACAACUACAUCUUAUUCCUCAAAGACGCACAUAUUGUCACGCCACGACACGUCCAAUAUGGGCCAAACCCGCCUGACCCGCUCGUCCUCACUAUUCCAUCCACGGCGCCUAAACCAGGGAGCAUUUCGGGCAAAUCUCUCAGUGCAGCAUCCGCUGUCUCUGACCAGCACAAAACGCUUUUUGACUUCUUCAUUAACCAACAACUGAAGGCGAAUGGCCGUAACAUUUCUAUCGUCGAAUCUAAUUGGAAGGUCUUCUCCAGCGCGGGCAAGGAGGCAUACAAGCCGAAUGACCCAACGGUGCAUGUGAAGGCUUUCCGAGGCAGCAAGGAUGGAUACUUAUAUUUCCUACCAGGCGGAAUACUAUGGGGCUUCAAGAAACCCUUGAUAUUCCUGCCCAAGGAGCAAAUAGUGGCAGUGAGUUAUGUCAACGUGCUACAGCGGACAUUUAAUCUGGUGAUCGAAGUCGAUGUCCGAUAUAAGAAAUCUGAUGGGACCUAUGAGGAGGAAAACGAAGAGUUCGAAUUCGGAAUGCUCGACCAGGAGGAUUUUGCAGGUAUUGAUGCUUAUGUGAAGCGUCAUGGCUUGCAGGAUGCUAGUAUGGCUGAUCAGAGGAAGGCAAAGAGGCUGGGUAUCAAUACGGUCAAGGGAGAAGAUGGGACGAAAGUCGAUGUGGGAGAUGCGGGGGAGUUACAGAAGGCCGAGCUGGAAUUGGGAGGUGAAGUGCUCGAUGAGGAAGACGAGGGGACCGAGGGAGAAGAUUAUGAUCCUGGCACUGAUGGGGAGAGUGAGGGUUCUGGAUCGAGUAGCGACGAAGAUAGCGAUGAGGAGGGUGGAGGCGGUGGUGGAGGAGAUGAAGACGACGAAGAUGAUGAUGACGAAGGCGAUGAAGAAUUAUAGAUGCUAUAUGACAUAUACAGUUUUGUAACGACAUUGUGGAGGUACGGAAAAUGGGUGUAAUUAACUACCAGCGCUGGGGGUUAGAUAAUUGCAAUUGCAAUUGCAAAUAGGAGAUGUUUUUAAAUUCAUAAUUUCCAC